GGGGAAGUUUAGCCAAUCCGAAUAGCAAUCUCCUCACUCGAACCAGUCUCUCUCUCUCUCCUAAACCCAAUCCUUUCUUUCUCACUAUCCACUCUUCGCCGAAAUGUCACCGGCACCAGUCGUCGAGCCCACCGCCGCCGCCGAGACCCUGACCGAGGAGAUCCUCUCCACCGAGAAACCCCUCAAGAGCUCUACUCAGAGCGAGGAUGAAGUUAUAGUUGAGGACGUUAAGGACGAUAAGGACGAGGAUGACGAAGAUGAUGACGACGAUGACGAGGAGGACGACGAGGAUGUGGGUCUUCCAGGCCCAGAUGGGACUCCCAAGCAGAGCAGAAGUGAGAAGAAAAGUCGCAAGGCAAUGUUGAAGCUCGGUAUGAAGCCAGUUACAGGUGUUAGCAGGGUCACCAUUAAAAGAACCAAAAAUAUCCUAUUUUUCAUCUCAAAACCUGAUGUUUUCAAGAGCCCUCAUUCCGAGACUUACAUCAUAUUUGGGGAGGCAAAGAUAGAGGAUUUAAGCUCACAGUUGCAGACCCAAGCUGCCCAACAGUUCAGGAUGCCAGACGUGAGCGCCGUGACAGCCAAAGCUGACACUUCCACUGCACCUGCUGGUGUCCCAGCCGACGAAGAAGAGGAAGAGGUUGACGAAACUGGUGUUGAGGCCAGGGACAUUGAUUUGGUGAUGACACAAGCAGGAGUUUCAAAGACCAAGGCUGUUAAGGCUCUGAAGGCUCACGAUGGGGACAUUGUCAGUGCUAUAAUGGAGCUCACCACCUAAGUCAUCAUUCUUACAUUUUUAGUGCAGUUUAUAAUUCUCAGUACGAGUUCAUCAUUUAGUAUUGUACUUAAAUUGGUUUCCCAUCUUGCUUUUGCGUUUGUGGACUUUCAGUCAGAGAUCUGUAGUUCCAUUUCCUUGCUUUUUGUUC